AUGGGUUUGUAUGGACAGGCUUGUCCAUCUGUAACUUCAUUAAGGAUGACAUCUGAACUGGAGAGCAGCCUAACAUCUAUGGACUGGUUACCACAGCUCACCAUGAGAGCAGCCAUCCAAAAAUCUGAUGCUACACAAAAUGCACAUGGAACAGGAAUUUCCAAGAAGAAUGCGCUCCUUGACCCAAAUACAACACUGGACCAGGAAGAAGUCCAACAGCACAAAGAUGGGAAACCUCCAUACAGUUAUGCCAGCCUCAUUACAUUUGCAAUUAAUAGCUCACCCAAAAAGAAAAUGACUCUAAGUGAGAUUUACCAGUGGAUUUGUGAUAACUUCCCGUAUUAUAGAGAGGCUGGCAGUGGUUGGAAGAAUUCCAUACAACAUAAUCUGUCACUGAACAAAUGUUUCCUUAAAGUGCCUCGAUCAAAGGAUGACCCAGGAAAGUCCAAGGGAUCCUACUGGGCAAUAGACACCAAUCCGAAGGAAGAUGCGCUGCCUACUCAGCCAAAGAAGAGAGCACGAUCUGUAGAACGGGCCUCAACUCCAUAUAGCAUAGAUUCAGAUUCUUUAGGAAUGGAGUGUAUUAUUUCGGGAAGUGCCUCUCCAACUCUGGCAAUCAACACUGUGACUAACAAAGGGGAAAAUGUGCACCAGCAGCGGAAGGUCUUCCUUCCUCCCCCACUUCCUACCUCCAUGAGUAAUGAAGCCAGCGUGUUUACUACAGGAAAUGCAGCUCCUAGUGUGGGUGGCUGGGCGCUGUGGCAGCCUCGAAUGCCUUAUCCACUGGGCAGAGAUAGUCUCUCGCCUCUCCUGCCCUAA